AUGGCAUUUCUUCUUUCAAGUUGGUCGUCCAAUCUAAAAUCUUUGCCAAAAAACUACGUUGUAGCUGUAGAGAAGCCUGGAAUGCCUGUUCAAUUAAGCAAGGGCAUACCAGUGGUUGAUCUAGGUGAAGAAGGUCAAGCCAAUAUAAUUCAGAAAAUCAUGAAAGCUGGUCAAGAAUUUGGCCUAUUCCAGGUGAUCAACCACGGAGUAUCUGAAGAGUUGAUGACUGAUGCUGUGAAUGUGGGCAGAGAGUUCUUUUCGCUGCCUGCUGAGGAGAAAGCAAAGUUCGUUGAUCAAGAUGCACAAAAUGGAUGCAUGGAAUGGUUGGAGUUCAAGGAAGCUGAGGAAGUAAAUGACAGAAAAUGCAUUGCUGAAACAACUCAACCUCAUCAGAACAGGAACUGGUACCCCCCUGAACAAGGAAUAAUUAGAGUCAACAAUGAUGCUGCUAUAGCCUUGCAAAUGAACAAAACAGGAAGAGGAAUAGUAGCAAGAGACUCCAAAGGGGAAUUGGUGAAGGCCUGCGCACUGCAAGAGCGAAAAAGGGGUGAGCCCCUCAUUGAAGAAGCUCUAGCAAUAAGGGAAGCAUUACUGAUAGGACAGGAAGCUGGAUGGAGAAGAAUUGAAGUUCAGUCUGACAGCAAAGGGCUAAUAGAGAAACAUCAGGAUAUUUAUGGACUGCAAGUAUUCAAGGAUGGACAUUGGCUUGGUGUGGAGCUUCUUCCAAAUGGAUUUGUCAUCAACAUAUGUUUUUUCUCUAGAGAUGGGACAAUUGUGAAAUUAAUAUCUGAGAAUUAUAGAUAUGAUUUGGAUCACCAUUGCAGGACAUCACUGGCUAACUCUGUGAACUUUGCUUCUCAUGGUAUAAUUGAACCUGCAAAAUCACUUGUUAGUCCAAGCAAUCCCCCAUUGUUUAGCGGGUUCCAUUGCAAAGAGUAUUUUGAGGUUCUUUUGAGCAACAACUCUGACACUGAAGCAACGGCUGAAUACUUCACAAUCAGAAGCCAAACCAUCAAAUAG